UUUUGAAGAAGAAAGCAAAGAUGGCGGAUAACGAGAACAUUGAUGCCAAAGAAGAGUCAAAAGCAGCGGAAGAAAGGCCUGCUUCAGCGGGUUCAAAGGGUUCUGAGGGGUCUAAGAAGUCAUUAGGUGAUGCUGUUAGUAAAUUAACUGUGAAAGCUUUGAAGGACUUUCGUUUAAGCGACCCAAGUGAUGCAGACACAACAGUCACAGGAGCAGAAAGUGAAGGGAUUGUUCCAACUGCCAACUUUGACAUCGAUAUACCAAGUCUGGAUUUACCUGAGGGUUUAGGACAAACCAUAUUGGCAGGAAAUGCAGACUUUAAUACUGGCCUUGAUGAUGUGGAGGAUGGUAAUGUUGGGGAGGAUGAAGACGUGGAUCAAGAUGGCGACGACGAAGAAUUGAGUGAAGACGAGUCUGAAGGAGAAAGCGAGAUGGUUGUCCUUGAUCCAGACCAUCCUUUGAUGAUCAGAUUUCAACAAGCUUAUAAAGCACAUUUGAUCAAGCAAGAGGAGAAGCUAACUCUUGAAGAGAGAGAAUUGUUGGAAGCUGUAAAGAAUAAGAAGAAAGAAAGAGAAGAACUAGGAGUACAGCUGUAUGGUGCACAACAGGAACUAGCCAGACAACAGAUGUUACUAGAGAAAGAACAUGAUAUUUUUAAUGACAUAAACCAGAGGCGCAACCAAUGUGAAAUGAGCCUUAAAGAGGUGAAAGAUAUGCAUAAACAGAUCAUAGAUGAAAUGAAUCACAACAGGAAGAAAGCAAUUGAGUUAAGAACAGAAGUAGAAAACAUCACAGCAAGAUUACACUACAUGGAAGAAGCUAAGGAAGAUGUCCGAUCUGACAUUGCUGUUAUGAGAAGAGCUGCUGAGAAAGCUGAUGUUGAAGUGGCUAAAGCAGAAAGUGAUAAAAAGAAGCAAGAUUUACUAGUGGACAUGUUAACUCAAAGAGUGGACCACCUGCGGGAGGAAAUCAACAUGUACGAAGCACAGUGUGUUGCACAGUCUGAAGAAACUAAGGCUGCUCAGAAAAAUCUCUCUGAGGCUCUCACAGAAAUAGAGGCUCUUCACCUGGAACAAAAACAACUGCUUCAACAGUGGAAUAGCAGUUUGAUUGGUAUGAAAAGACGUGAUGAGGCUUACUCUGCCAUGCAAGAAGCAUUAAAUCUUCAAAGACAAAGAAUCCUAGCCAUUGAAACAGAGAUUGAAGGAUACAAAAAGUCAAUCAGUAAGGCCCAGGAACAGAACGAACAGAUCACCAUGACACAGAUCAAGAUCGAACAAGACAUCUCGAUGGUCAAGAAACUCAUGUCUAUCAGUAAGACCAAACUAGAAGCUCUCAAGACAGAGUAUAGUACAUAUACAAGGACUUUACAUCAAACUGAACAACAACUGAAUCGAGCUCAGACAGAAGUGGUUCUUAAAGAAAAUGAACUCACAGCAUUAAGAAAACAGAUAGAACGUGAAUUUUUGGAGAAAGUUGGACUUGAAGAUGCAAUCAUGGAAAAAUUGAGAUCCCAAUUAACCAUGGAUAAAGCAACUCAGUAUACCAAGAAGAUGACAGACAAGAUGAGGAGGAGAGCUACAGAACUGGAAAACCAGGUUGCUGAAGUUGAAAACGAGAUCGCCAGAGAUGUCCUUGAGAUCUCCAACACCUCAACCCGAGUUAAACAACUACAAUCUAUCAUGGACCAACUGAACGAUGAAAUACACAAGAAGAACGAAGACAUAUCUAAGAUAGAAGGAGAAAUAAUCAAGAGAAAUGCAGUCAUUGAGAGAAAACAAGGCAGUAUUGAUCAACUGAAUAAGAAAGUUGAACAGAUUAAAAGCAAUUCUGGGGGAGAAGAGACUGGUCCUAUGGAGCUACAGAUUCAUACCCUCCAGAAACAGAUCGAAGCUCGCAUGAACGAUAUCAUCCAACUCCAGCAGUUCUGGCUGAGAGGACAAAGCGAGCUAGUCAAGACUAUCAAAGAUGUACAACAACAGAAUCAGGAUAUGGAGUACGUCAAGAAACAGUACACUAUACUGCAACAAAAGAAAAUGAGAAUUGAAGGUGAAAUCGAUUCCCACGAACACGAGAUCGCAGACAUCAAUCGCAACGUCCGUAACAUGCAGAACGAUAUGAUUAAACUAAACACCCUGAUAACAAAAGAACAUGGAUAUAAAAUGAACCUCGCACAGGAGAACACUCUGACGGAGAGUGACUUUAUACAGUCCUUACGGGAAGCCGAGCGUGAAUCACUGAAAAUGCAAGACCAAAUCGAGGCUUUGACGGAAGAGAAGGAACGCCUGCUGAAUAGCUUAGUUGAAGCAGAACGUCAGAUUAUGUUAUGGGAGAAGAAAACACAGCUGGCUCGUGAAGCGAAGAAUGCAGUCGAUACAGACUAUGGUCAUGGUGAAAUCCAUGCUAUGAAAGCUGAGAUUCAUCGUAUGGAGGUCCGCUAUUCACAACUGAUGAGGCAACAAGAGAAAAUGAUCCAAGACAUGGAAAAAGCAGUGGUUCGAAGAGAAACGAUUGUAACUAGGGGUGAUGCGCAGAGCAAGAUGGGUAAAGUAGCCAACACUAAGGGAUCCUUACAGAAAAAACUGAUCGAAAUGAAGAAGAAAAUCAGGCAGACAAAUAACGAUGCUAAUGCAUGUGAUGUCGAGAUACAAUCAUUCCGCGAGAAACAAAUGCAGGUUAGUCGGGAUCUGGAGGAAAAACAGGUCACCUGUCAACAGUUACAAAGUCGUGCGGACGAGCUUGAAACUGAAAUUGAUAAAAUGACUGAAGAUAGACAACGGAAUUUGUCAGAAAUCGUUGCUAAGCAACAGAAAGCUAAAUACUACACAAAACUCAAAGAGGGACGCUACACUCCCUUAUGUAAAACACCCGAGUCUCUUGAAGCCGAGAUGCAGAAACAAAGAGACCGACUACAAUCACUUAUGACUAUUGUCGAUAAACUCAACCAGGAAUUCCCGCAUGCGCAGCAGGUGCUUCGUAACGUGACACUGUCUCUCAGCCAGCGAGGACUUCCCGACGACUAAUAGCGAAGCAGAGCCGAAAUCUUUCCGAGGAACAACGAUAGAAGCUUGCUUUUUUAAAAAAUUCAAAAUGUUUCUAAAUUGUAAAAAUCCAUUUCGACGUUUAGUCUUUUGUAAUUAAGAAGCAAAUGUACCGAUUUUCAGUGCGCUGUUGUAAAAUAUGAUAUGAAUUGUAAGGUACAUCAGUGUUUAACUUAUGGAGUUUUAAUUAAAUGAGUGACAAAUAGCCAUUCAAGAUUGUAUUGAAAAUGGGAGGACGUAAUAAAGAGAAAAUCCUCUUUUAUUGUAUA